AUGCUAAUAUUGAUAGGAGUCACACAAAUUAUAUCAUUAUCCAUCUUAUUCAAAAGUUUUAGUUUCUCUUUCUUCAUGUCAUUCUUCUUGCCCUUCUUCUUAAUGUAAGUUUAUUAUUUAUAAAUUUAUAGAUUUUUUGGCAUACUACUUUUUGCUAGUGGAUAGAAAUUGGAAUUUGUUGAUAAAAAUUUUAGAUUCUUGAGCACCUUGUUAGGUAGAGGACUGUUCAAUAUCUAGUAAUUGCCUAAUUUAUUAUCUAUUAAGUUUAGCAUCUUUAGCUGUGUAUUAAUUAGCCAAUGCUGCAAGUGAUAUUAUUGGUUUCAUUAUAGGAGCUAUGCUAUUCUGCACAGGAUUGUUCUAUUUGAUAAUGCAUUUUUGUGGUGUAAUCUUAUUAUAUUAUUACUAUAUAGAAUAAAGAAGAAUUGGCAUCCUACAAAAAAUAAUUAAUAUGA